AUGGAGAAAGAGAAACUGAAGGGCAGGGGGUUGGUAGUGAAAAGCUGGGUGGAGCAAGGAGAAAUCUUGGGUCACGGAGCAGUGGGUGGUCUUGUGAGCCAUUGUGGCUGGAACUCGGUGGUUGAGGCUGCAUGGCAUGGCGUUAGAGUUCUGGCUUGGCCACAGCACGGCGAUCAAAAGAUCAAUGCAGAGGUGGUCGAGAGGUGUGGGCUGGGGGUUUGGGCCAAAACUUGGCCUUGGGGCGGCGGCGAGAAUGACAAGGUGGUGGUCAACGUUGAAGAGAUUGGCGAUAAGAUCAAAGAACUGAUGCCGAGUGAAGCUCUGAGAGUGCAAGCUGCAAGGAUUGAGCAAGAGGCUAAGAAGACCGCUGGAGUUGGUGGGUGCCAUGAGAAGAUGUUGAAGAGACUCAUUGACGAGUGGAGGAAAAACUAA